UGACAGCAUGAAUGACAUUGCGAUUGGUCUCGUGAUUGUAUUGUAAUUGAGCAAUGCAAUGUUUUUUGCCACAUUUUAACUUAAAAGAAAAUGUUUGAACAUUCUGUAAAAGUGCCGAGACAUUACAAGGUUGCUGCUAAUAUUUUUAAGAAAGUUUCCACUGAAGGCGGUAGCGUCAAAACAUUGUUGUACGACGACAAACUUCGUCACUUUAGAACUAAUGUGCUGUAUGCACUGAUAACAGAAACAAUCAAACAUGCUGCUGAUAUUGACAAAAUGUUUGAAAGUAGUGGCCUUAUCACAAAUGAGCCUCGCCUAGACCCCUGGCUAGCGAAAGUGUUAACGACUGAGCUGUUGUUUGGCAAAAAAGCUCUCCCAGGGAAAAGCAAACCUGAACAAACAAUACGGUCAUACCUAGAGAAAUUCGAAAAAUACACUGCUGAUCAUCCUGAAGAUUCAAAAACUGAAGCCAUCCGCAGACCACGCUACGUUCGCAUCAACACCAACCUCCUGACCACGUCCGAUGCCAUUAGAGCCUUCCAAGAUGAGGAGUACCGCUUCGUGAGGUGCACAUCGGGCUCCUACAAUGAUUAUCUGGAACAGAUAAAGGGCCUCGGCGAGUACGACUUUACACAGGACUAUCAUGUGAAGACGGUGUUUGUGUUUUCUUCGGGUACCAAGCUACAUGAACAUGAGCUGUAUUUGGAGAACAAGAUCAUACUGCAGGAUAAGGCAACAGCACUGGCAGUACAUGUACUGGCCCCUCCCCCCGGCAGCAUAGCCUUGGACAUGUGCGCGGCACCAGGCAUGAAGACCACGCAGCUCGCUGCCUACAUGAGGAACGAGGGUAAAAUCUAUGCAGUAGAGCAAAACGAACAGAGAUACAAGACUCUAUGCGACUUCGUAGAGAAGACUGGGUCCAAAUGCGUGGAGACCAUAAACAAAGAUGCUCUAGCACUGAGGAGGGGAGACUACGAUGACGUCGAGUACAUCCUUCUGGACCCCAGCUGUUCUGGAUCAGGCAUGGAACUCUGCGUACACAACUACAUCGAACCAGCCCGUCUGGCCAAGCUGACGUCUCUACAAGAGAAAUUCCUAAAGCAUGCCAUGAACGCCUUUCCCAACGCCAAGAGAAUAGUCUAUAGCACUUGCUCCCUCUUUCCCGAAGAGAAUGAAAGAGUUGUCACUAAUGUCGUAAAGACUUCAAGAACUAAGUGGAGAGUGCAAGAUGUAAAGGAAUUAUUAAAAGGGCAAUGGAAUAAUUUUGGAUCUGCCAUGUAUGGAAGCAUGGGUGCUAGGUGUUUGUACGCUAAGCCAGAUACUGAUUACACGACUGGGUUUUUCUUAGCUGUGCUAGAUAGAGAUCAGAAGGAUUUUGAGAGGAAAGCUAAUAAAGAGAAGGAAAGUAAAGUAAAUAAUGAAGAUGAGAAUGAAGCCACUGAAGAAGUAAAUAAAAAGAAACACAAGCAAAUUAAGAAACCGGAUGAGACAAAUGAAGAUAAUGACGAAAUUGCUUCAAACAAAGUAAAAAAGAAAAAGAAGAAGACACGUGAGAAUAAUGAAAACGAUGUGCAAAACAAUGAUAAUAAUGAAUCCGAAAUAACAUAUACAGAAAAUGAAGACGUAACGAAGAAAAAGAAAAAGCGGAAACAUGAAAGGCAUGAAAAUGAUGAACAAAACAAUGAAUCAGAAAUAGCUGUAAAUGCAGAAAGCAAUGAAAAUGUUCCGAAGAAAAAGAAGAAACGGAAAUCUGAUAGUGAUAAAAACUAUGACCAGAACAAUGAUACUGUUAUUAAUGAAUCCGAAAUGAUAAAUAAUGAUGGUAAUGGCGACGUACUAAAGAAAAAGAAGAAGAAACAUAAAAAUCAAGAUGUGAGGGACUCUGAAAUUAUGAUGAAUACAGAAGAUAGUGAUGACAUUCCCAAGAAAAAGGAAAAACAUAAACAUAAAAAUGAAAUCAAUGAAGAUUCUUUAGAAAAUCGCGACAUUGGAGAGAAAGUUAAGGAAAAGAAAAAAAAGAAGAAAAAGGAUAAGGAUUUACAAGAGGCCUAGUUAAAAUGCUCUCAGUCUUUUAAUGAAACAUUACAAUAUUUAACACCUCUUGAGCGGCAUUACAAUUUUUAAUUUAACAUCUAUUCUGUUAUUGAUACGUUAUUUCUUACUUUCUGGCUCACACCAAUAUUAUAAGUAGGUACGAUCGAUAUGCAGCGGCGAAUAAUAAUUGAUAUUUGAUAACAAUAUGAGAUCAAUUUGUAAAGUUGGCAGUUCGAACCGGCCUUCUGCUAUGCGACAAAACAUGGAUACUGAAUCUGUUACAGUACGUUAAUGUACUGAAAGUUGUAUGUUUUUAUUAAAUAAAUUGACAAAC